UUUCUACUUCUAGUCGUAGUCUGUGCCAACAUCUUUCGAUAAAAAUAAUUAUUGAUAGAGUUUGAAUAUAUGAAAUAAAUAAACAAACGUGCUUUUUCGUUUAUUCAAAAUAUUUGAAGAUGCCUAAAGUUAAAAUUGAAAAAAAGUCCCGAAUUCAUAAUGAAGUUGCGAAACAAGUGUAACUGAUUUAAGGUAUUCAAUUCAACAAGGAUUUUGGGCAGCACAUAUUAAAAAACCCCUUGAUUAUAACAUCUAUGCUGGACAAAGCUGGAUUAAGACCAACAGAUGUAGCCCUUGAAAUUGGACCUGGUACAGGAAAUAUGACUAUAAAAAUGCUUGAUAGAGUUAAAAAAGUAAUAGCCUGUGAAAUUGAUACAAGAUUAGUUGCAGAACUACAAAAAAGAGUACAAGGUACUCCUUAUCAAGCUAAACUACAAAUCUUAGUGGGAGAUGUAUUGAAAACAGAACUACCUUUCUUCGAUAUAUGUGUGGCAAAUAUACCUUAUCAAAUUAGUUCCCCACUUGUAUUUAAAUUAUUACUUCACCGUCCUUUCUUUAGAUGUGCAGUAUUAAUGUUUCAAAAGGAAUUUGCACAGAGACUUGUGGCUAAACCUGGAGAUAAAUUGUAUUGUAGAUUAUCUAUUAACACGCAACUCCUGGCUAGGGUUGAUAUGUUAAUGAAGGUUGGGAAGAAUAAUUUUCGACCACCACCAAAGGUUGAAUCAAGUGUUGUAAGAAUAGAACCAAGAAAUCCUCCUCCUCCAAUAAAUUUUGUGGAAUGGGAUGGAUUAACAAGAAUUGCAUUUGUUAGAAAAAAUAAGACACUAGCAGCUGCCUUUAAACACAGUACUACAAUGGCUGUUCUAGAGAAAAACUAUAGAGUCCAUUGUUCUCUACAUAAUAAGGAGAUCCCAGAAGAUUUUGAAAUAAAACAAAAAGUCCAAGAUAUAUUGACAACGGCUGAAGCAGAUCAAAUGAGGGCCAGAACUAUGGAUUGCGAUGACUUUAUGAAGCUACUACAUGCUUUUAAUUCAGAAGGAAUACACUUUGCAUAAUAUA